GCGGCGCGGACGCCGAUUGGCUCCUUAUACGGUAAUGGGCGUGACCUGAGGCCGCGCGGACGCCGAUUGGCUCCUUAUACGGCAAUGGGCGUGACCUGAGGCGGUGCGGACGCCGAUUGGCUCCUUAUACGGCAAUGGGCGUGACCUGAGGAGGUGCGGACGCCGAUUGGCUCCUUAUACGGCAAUGGGCGUGACCUCAGGAGGCGCGGACGCCUAUUUGCUCCUUAUACGGCAGUGGGCGUGGCCUUGUAGCGGCGCGCCUUUUCAUCUUCCAUAUAUGGCGAAGCCGCGUGACCGCAGCGAUGAUUGACAGCUGCGCGCGCCGCUGGCGCUCCAUAUAAGGCAGUGGGCGUGCCCUCAGCGCUGAUUGGCUCCUUAGCUGGGGAGGGGUGUGGCCUCGGUCGGCGAAGGGGGCUCCGCGCGGUCCUAGCUCCGUCCUAUCAGCUCGGGCUCCGCGCGGUCCUAGCGCCCCCGUCCCCGUCCCGGUCUCCGCUAUGUCCCAGUACCGGUACCGGGUCCGGAUCCGCGCUGCCCCCCCCAUACUCGCCGGGACCUCUCUCGCCGUCACUCUCAUCGGCACCCGCGGCUCCAGCGGCCCCAGCGCCCUCAGCAUGGGGGGGUUCGGCUGUUCGGAGGGCGAGGCGGUGGUGGUGUCCCCGCGGGCGCUGGGGCGCCUCCUGGUGACGCGCGUCCACAAAGGUCCCCGCGGUCCCCUCCCCCCCACCCCGUGGUUCCUCGAGGAGCUCCGCGUGGACCUCCGCGGCGGUGACGGCCAUGGGGACACCGACGGUGACACCGACGGGGACAGCGAUGGCAGCGAAGGGAGCGAGGAUGGAGAUCUGAGUGACAGCGGUGACACCGAGGAUGGAGACGGUGACAAUGGUGGCACCAAAGGGACCAAAGAUGGAGAUCUGAGUGACAGCGGUGACACCAAAGGUGGAGAUGGUGACAAUGGUGACACCAAAGGGACCAAAGAUGGAGAUCUGAGUGACAACGGUGACACCAAAGGUGGAGACGGUGACACCAAAGGGACCAAAGAUGGAGAUCUGAGUGACAACGGUGACACCAAAGGUGGAGAUGGUGACAAUGGUGGCACCAAAGGGACCAAAGAUGGAGAUCUGAGUGACAACGGUGACACCAAAGGUGGAGAUGGUGACAAUGGUGACACCAAAGGGACCAAAGAUGGAGAUCUGAGUGACAACGGUGACACCAAAGGUGGAGAUGGUGACAAUGGUGGCACCAAAGGGACCAAAGAUGGAGAUCUGAGUGACAACGGUGACACCAAAGGUGGAGACGGUGACAAUGGUGACACCAAAGGGACCAAAGAUGGAGAUCUGAGUGACAGCGGUGACACCGAGGAUGGAGAUGGUGACAAUGGUGACACCAAAGGGACCAAAGAUGGAGAUCUGAGUGACAACGGUGACACCAAAGGUGGAGAUGGUGACAAUGGUGACACCAAAGGGACCAAAGAUGGAGAUCUGAGUGACAACGGUGACACCAAAGGUGGAGAUGGUGACAACGGUGACACCAAAGGGACCAAAGAUGGAGAUCUGAGUGACAACGGUGACACCAAAGGUGGAGAUGGUGACAAUGGUGACACCAAAGGGACCAAAGAUGGAGAUCUGAGUGACAACGGUGACACCAAAGGUGGAGAUGGUGACAAUGGUGACACCAAAGGGACCAAAGAUGGAGAUCUGAGUGACAGCGGUGACACCAAAGGUGGAGAUGGUGACAAUGGUGACACCAAAGGGACCAAAGAUGGAGAUCUGAGUGACAAUGGUGACACCAAAGGGACCAAAGAUGGAGAUCUGAGUGACAACGGUGACACCAAAGAUGGUGACGGUGACACCAAAGGGACCAAAGAUGGAGAUCUGAGUGACAACGGUGACACCAAAGGUGGAGAUGGUGACAAUGGUGGCACCAAAGGGACCAAAGAUGGAGAUCUGAGUGACAACGGUGACACCAAAGGUGGAGACGGUGACAAUGGUGACACCAAAGGGACCAAAGAUGGAGAUCUGAGUGACAGCGGUGACACCGAGGAUGGAGAUGGUGACAAUGGUGACACCAAAGGGACCAAAGAUGGAGAUCUGAGUGACAACGGUGACACCAAAGGUGGAGAUGGUGACAAUGGUGACACCAAAGGGACCAAAGAUGGAGAUCUGAGUGACAACGGUGACACCAAAGGUGGAGAUGGUGACAACGGUGACACCAAAGGGACCAAAGAUGGAGAUCUGAGUGACAACGGUGACACCAAAGGUGGAGAUGGUGACAAUGGUGACACCAAAGGGACCAAAGAUGGAGAUCUGAGUGACAACGGUGACACCAAAGGUGGAGAUGGUGACAAUGGUGACACCAAAGGGACCAAAGAUGGAGAUCUGAGUGACAGCGGUGACACCAAAGGUGGAGAUGGUGACAAUGGUGACACCAAAGGGACCAAAGAUGGAGAUCUGAGUGACAAUGGUGACACCAAAGGGACCAAAGAUGGAGAUCUGAGUGACAACGGUGACACCGAGGAUGGAGACGGUGACAAUGGUGGCACCAAAGGGACCAAAGAUGGAGAUCUGAGUGACAACGGUGACACCAAAGGUGGAGAUGGUGACAAUGGUGGCACCAAAGGGACCAAAGAUGGAGAUCUGAGUGACAACGGUGACACCAAAGGUGGAGAUGGUGACAAUGGUGACACCAAAGGGACCAAAGAUGGAGAUCUGAGUGACAACGGUGACACCAAAGGUGGAGAUGGUGACAAUGGUGACACCAAAGGGACCAAAGAUGGAGAUCUGAGUGACAACGGUGACACCGAGGAUGGAGAUGGUGACAAUGGUGACACCAAAGGGACCAAAGAUGGAGAUCUGAGUGACAACGGUGACACCAAAGAUGGUGACGGUGACACCAAAGGGACCAAAGAUGGAGAUCUGAGUGACAACGGUGACACCAAAGGUGGAGAUGGUGACAAUGGUGACACCAAAGAUGGAGAUCUGAGUGACAACGGUGACACCGAAGGUGGAGAUGGUGACAAUGGUGACACCAAAGGGACCAAAGAUGGAGAUCUGAGUGACAACGGUGACACCAAAGAUGGAGAUGGUGACAAUGGUGGCACCAAAGGGACCAAAGAUGGAGAUCUGAGUGACAACGGUGACACUGAGGAUGGAGACGGUGACACCAAAGGGACCAAAGAUGGAGAUCUGAGUGACAACGGUGACACCAAAGAUGGAGAUGGUGACACCGGUGACACCGGGGAGGGGGUCCCGGGGGCCGUUGGUGGCCUUGGGGACAGCGAGGACGAGGACAGCGGUGGUCCCUUCUUCUUUCCGUGCUAUCGGUGGCUCCGGGGCUUCGGCACAUGGGACAUCCCCGAAGGAACCGCGCGGACGCUGUGUGAGGAGCGUCGCCCCGAACUGCGGCGCCUGCGGAGAAAACACCUCCGGGAGCAGCGGCAGCGCUACAGAUUGGCCCCCUUUGCCCCGGGGUUGCCGUGGGCGCUGCCGUUGGGGACCCCCCCGGACCCCGACCUUCGCUUCUCGGUAGCCAAAAUGGCCGCUUUCUACCUGCGGGGGGGCAGCGCGACACUGCAUUCCAAACUCAAAGGGUUCCUCGACCGUCGCGGAUCGUGGCCGAGUCUGGAAGAGAUAACGGAGCUGCUCAAGUGCUUCCACACCCCUGUCACCGACUAUGUCAUUCGUCACUGGGCUGAGGAUGAGUUUUUUGGGGCGCAGUACCUUUGUGGGGUGAACCCCGUGUUGCUGCGCCGCUGCCGCCGACUGCCCCCCAACUUCCCCGUCACCCCCCAAAUGGUCACCCCCAGCCUGGGCCCCCACUGCUGCCUGAGCCGAGAGAUGGAGUUGGGUCACGUGUACCUGGCGGAUUAUGGGGUGCUGGAGGGGCUCCCCACGACGCGGCUCGACGGGCGCCCCACUUUCGUGGCCGCCCCCCUUUGUCUCCUCCAUCAACGCCCGGAUGGGACCCUGAGACCUCUCGCGAUCCAGCUGUCGCAGCGCCCGGGUCCCACCAACCCCAUCUUCUUACCCCAAGACCCCCCUUGGGUUUGGGCUUUGGCCAAAACGUGGGUCCGAAACGCCGAAUUCCACGUCCACGAAGCUCUGAGCCAUCUCCUCCGCUCCCAUCUCCUCGGGGAGGUCUACGCUUUGGCCACUCUGAGGCAACUGCCACCCCAGCACCCCCUUUUCAAGCUCCUCGUUCCCCACAUCCGUUUCACCGUUCACAUCGCGGCGCUGGCGCGGAAGUUCCUCCUCAACCCCGGCGGCGUCUUCGACCGGGCGGUGUCCCUGGGCCGCCGGGGGCUGCUGCGGUUGGUGUCGCGGGGGCUGCGGGCGCUGCCCUACGCCGCUCUCCUCCUCCCCCGCGACCUCCGGCGCCGCGGAGUCACCCACACCCCCGGCUACCACUUCGCCCGCGACGCCCACGACAUCUGGGGCGCCAUCCGCAGGAUGGUCCGGGGAGUGCUGUCGCUGCAUUACCGGUCGGACGCGGCGGUGCGCGGUGACCCCGAGCUCUGGGCGUGGGUGCGCGAGAUCUUCCUCUGCGGCUUCCUGGGACGGCGACGCUCCGGGUUCCCGUACCCUCUGCGCUCCCGCCGGGCGCUCGUUACUCUCGUUACCAUGGUGAUCUACAGUUGCUCCGCCCACCACGCGGCCACAAACAGUGGACAGUUUGAACUGGGAGCCUUUGUUCCCAACAUGCCGGCGGCCAUGCGGGCGCCCCCCCCGACCUCGAAGGCGCCGCUGUCGGAGAAAGAGUUUUUGGGGUCCCUCCCGUCCGUCAACACCUCAGCGGUCGUUCUGGGGGUGCUGUGGGUGCUGCGCAACGAACCCUUCGACAUGCGCCCCCUGGGCUGUUACCCGGAGCGCCACUUCACGCAGCGCCCGCACCGCCGCAUCCUCCGUGCCUUCCGCCGCCGCCUCGCCGCCAUCUCCCGCCGCAUCCGCGCCCGCAACGCCAACCUCGAAUGGCCGUACCCCUACCUCGACCCCCCCAACAUCGAGAACAGCGUCGCCAUCUGAGGGGGGGGGACAAUGGCGGAGCAUUUUUGGGGUCCCCUGUGUUGUCAAUGGGGAGUUUUGGGGUCCCCUCUGGUGGCUUUGGGGAGGUUUUGGGGUCCCCUAUGGUGUCAAUGGGAGGUUUUGGGUCCCCUGUGGUGGCUUUGGGGAGGUUUUGGGGUCCCCUCUGGUGUCAA